ACGGUGUUCACUUUGCGCACUUCGCGUCGGAUCACGCGAUAAUUUACUAGCUCUUAGCGGUUUUGCUGAACUCGAAAGUGGAGACCGCCUUUUUCUUUUGCGACGAUAACGCCAAUUCCAAAGUAUUGUUUGCGUUUGCGGGAUGCGAAGACCAGGGCGCAAUUUGUUUCUCCUUUUGGUUGUGCCACGUUGAGUUGUUUGUAUAAUGUAGUGUGAACACUCUGCUCCAGCGUGAAGACAUGAGUUGCUAGCGGCUAGUUGCGGCUAACGUUAGCGCUAACAGUUUGGUCAACUUUACCUGCACUCGCCAUUGAAUGUUUUAUUUUUUUUAUUUUUUAAACUAUCCCCACUAAGAUUGUGAGAAUGCUGGCUACGGGAGCCGCUGUCACCAACGUCACAGCCUUGGCUCAGGUAGACCGGGAAAAGAUCUACCAGUGGAUAAAUGAGCUGUCCAGCCCCGAGACCCGAGAGAACGCCUUGCUGGAGCUCAGCAAGAAACGAGAAUCUGUGCCUGACCUGGCCCCCAUGCUCUGGCACUCGUGUGGCACCAUCGCCGCCCUUUUGCAGGAAAUCGUCAACAUCUAUCCCUCGAUAAACCCGCCGACGCUGACGGCUCACCAGUCCAACAGAGUGUGCAACGCAUUAGCGCUUCUCCAGUGUGUCGCCUCGCACCCGGAAACGAGGUCGGCCUUUCUGGCAGCGCACAUCCCCCUUUUCCUGUAUCCCUUUCUGCACACAGUCAGCAAAACGCGCCCGUUCGAGUACCUGCGCCUUACCAGCCUGGGUGUCAUCGGUGCGUGCGUUUCCCACACUUUUCGACGUCUUUGCUUGCCGUUUGUCAGCCUAAGCAGCCUCUCUGUCAUCACGACAGGCGCUUUGGUCAAAACAGAUGAGCAGGAAGUGAUCAACUUCCUCCUCACGACUGAGAUCAUCCCACUGUGUCUGCGUAUUAUGGAAUCUGGGAGUGAACUCUCCAAAACGGUGGCCACGUUCAUCCUGCAGAAGAUCCUUUUGGACGACACUGGGCUGGCCUACAUCUGCCAAACGUACGAGCGCUUCUCCCACGUGGCCAUGAUCCUGGGCAAGAUGGUGUUGCAGUUGUCCAAGGAGCCUUCGGCGCGUCUGCUGAAGCACGUGGUUCGAUGCUACCUCCGCCUCUCGGAUAAUCUCCGAGCCAGAGAAGCUCUGCGGCAGUGUCUCCCCGACCAGUUGAAGGACAGCACCUUUGCGCAGGUGCUGAAAGAUGACACAACCACCAAGCGUUGGCUGGCCCAGUUGGUGAAGAACCUCCAGGAGGGCCAGGUGACCGACGCCCGGGGAAUCCCCUUGGCCCCGCAGUGAUGCUGCGCGAGUCGCUCGUAUGUUGGCCAAAAGCGGUGCUAAGACGGGCUGUGUGGUGAAGGGCUCCGUUACUGUCGAUUACAUUUGGUUUUGCUCACAUUUGUGGCCAGCCUCCUGAUCUCCACUGGCAUGGUUAGAUGGAAGACCCGCCACUAGUGGGUAUCCUGUGUUUUGUUUUGGAAGUCCAUGAAUUGUUUUACGGUUGAAUGAUCAAAAGGUUUUGUACCAAAUCAUGUCUGAAGCUGUCAAUACUGUCCCUUCAGUACUGUUGUAAAUAGCAAAUGUCAACGUUUGGCUAAAUACUAGCACAUAA